GCGGAAGAUAAAAACAAUGAAAAUAUUUAAAUUUUUUGCUUUCAUGUGAGAUAGAAAUAUGUCAUGAACUAUAUUAAUGACAUUUGAAAACUAUCAAUUCUAAAAGAAAGAGGGAACAAUUUGCAAGAAAUCCGAGGAUGUCAACACCAAUGGAUAAUUUACGAAGUUCCACCCAGAAGGCUGCGUCUGCCUCACAAGCUGCCAUGUUGAUUAAAGAGGAGACCAAUUUAGUAGUUGACUGGAAGAAAUGUGUACGAUCUGAGUAUAUGAAACUUUGUCAUCUACGAAGAAACAAACGGGCAGAAGAAGUUAAGACGGUUUGGGGUAGAAAUAGAAAACACAUUGAUGAACAAUUAGAAAAUCACACAAAGUAUGUUGAAUCUUUGCCACCAAACCAAUCUUUACGUGUUAGAGAAUCCUUCAGCAGUAUACCAGUAACAAGAAAGUGUGAAGUGAUAAAUAAGAUGAAUUUUCCCGACCAAACGGUUCCAUUACGUGUUAUGAAUGCUUUAAAAAUGAUACCCACCAUGUACUGCUGGGCUCCUUUGACACAGAAUUUCAUGGUAGAGGAUGAAACAGUACUUCACAAUAUACCAUAUAUGGGCGAUGACAUUCUGGAUAAAGACUGUUCCUUUAUUGAAGAGUUGUUAAGGAAUUAUGAAGGGAAGGUACAUGGAGAGCGACCCAGUAAUUUUAUGUCUGAUGAUAUCUAUAUUGAACUUGUUAACAAUCUACAUGCUAAUUACCCUGAUAUUGAUGACAAUGGCUUUAAAAUUAUUGCUUAUAUGGCAAAAUUAAAUUUUUUAGAUGAUGAUGAUGAUAAAAGCUUUCCCAAACCUACAGCCGUACGUGAUAUCAUAUUUAAGUCAAUUUCCGAAGUUUUUCCAGAAAAAGGAAACCCUGAAGAAUUAAGGGAAAAGUAUCGAGAAUUAAAUGAAAUAUCUGAUCCGAACACCUUACCACCGGAAUGUACGCCAAACAUUGAUGGACCAGGAGCAAAAUCAGUACCUCGUGAACAAACCAUGCAUUCUUUUCAUACCCUAUUCUGUCGACGCUGUUUCAAAUAUGACUGCUUUCUUCAUCGUAAGUCAUACUUUAUUAUUUAUGCCUACCAUCCCACCCCCAGUAUGUUAACUCGUAAAAUAGCUGACAGAAAACAAGAAAAUGAACCUUGUGGUACGGACUGCUUCCUUCAUGUGGCAGGAGUUCAGAGAACCAUCAAAGAAGAGGUAAAAGAUGACACAUCUGAAGAAGGUGACAGUAAAUCGUCCUCAGGAACAAGUAGAGGAACUGGUUGUCGCAAUAAAAGAGGAAAAAUUAACGGAAACAGUGCCAGUAGUGGGGAGGACAGUGAACGCAGUAAUGAUGCUUUAGAUAAAAUGGACGGGGUUAACAGUGAUCGUCAAGUCCUAAAAGAUUCUGAUUUGAUGUACAGCUGCAUGAUUUACAAUAUCCCUUAUUAUUCUUAUUUUGUAUACCAGUAUUUGUGUAUUGUAGACGUGGAGAUCCGCUAUCCAGUCAGAAAGGAACCAACCGAUCCUGUCUGGAACGGAGCAGAAGAAUCUUUAUUCCGUGUUGUCCAUGACAUGUACCGAAACAAUUAUUGUGCCAUCAGCAAAAUUAUUGGCUCUAAAAACUGCAAACAGGUAUAUGAGUUUGCUAUCAAAGAAGAAGCCCAUAUGCCAGAUUUAAAUGAAGAAAGAAUACAGACACCACCUCGGAAGAAGAAAAAGAAGCAAAAGUUGUGGUCAAUGCAUUGUCGUAAGAUACAGUUGAAGAAAGAUGGUUCACCUAACCCUGUCUAUAAUUAUACACCAUGUGACCAUCCUGGACAGCGCUGUGAUGAGUCAUGUCCGUGUACCAUGGCACAAAAUUUCUGUGAGAAAUUCUGUCAAUGUAGUAGUGACUGUCAAAAUAGAUUUCCAGGUUGUCGCUGUAAAGCUCAGUGUAAUACCAAACAGUGUCCAUGUUUUCUGGCUGUAAGGGAAUGUGACCCUGAUCUCUGUCAAACUUGUGGUUCAGAUCAAUUUGACACCAUUAAAAUAUCGUGUAAGAACGUCAGUGUACAGAGAAGUCAAGGCAAGCAUCUCCUGCUGGCACCAUCUGAUGUGGCCGGAUGGGGAAUAUUCCUGAAAGAACCUGCAGAGAAAAAUGAAUUUAUAUCCGAAUACUGUGGAGAGAUUAUUUCACAAGACGAAGCAGACAGACGUGGCAAGGUUUAUGAUAAAUAUAUGUGUAGCUUCUUAUUUAACUUGAAUAAUGAUUUUGUAGUGGAUGCCACAAGAAAAGGAAAUAAAAUCCGAUUCGCCAAUCAUUCUAUCAAUCCUAACUGUUAUGCUAAAGUGAUGAUGGUGAAUGGAGAUCACAGGAUUGGUAUAUUUGCUAAACGUAGCAUCCAAUCUGGAGAGGAACUCUUCUUUGAUUAUAGAUAUGGACCAACUGAACAGUUACGAUUUGUGGGAAUAGAACGAGAUGCUGAUGUUCCUUAAUUAGCAAUAUGUAAUUAAGAGUGCUAGCUAAAAUACUUUAAAUCUAUUGGUGAUCCACCAUAUUCUGCAAUUAUGAAAGUUCCCAAAUUUUAAUUUUUAAAUUCCUAAAUGAAAUGUUCAGAAAAACUUUUUCAGUCUAGAUUCUCAAAUUUUUUAUCAUGAUUGUCAACAGGUUUUCUGAAUUUUUUAUGUGUACCUUGGACACUGAUAGCAUUAAUUUG